GAAUUCUAAAAGAGUUCAAUUUACAUGUGAACAGAACACCAGCCUGAUUAACCAGAAGAAGAAGCUGGAGGGUGAUAUUUCUCAGCUUCAAACUGAAGUGGAGGAGGCUGUGCAGGAAUGCAGAAAUGCUGAAGAGAAGGCCAAGAAAGCCAUCACUGAUGCUGCCAUGAUGGCAGAGGAGCUGAAGAAAGAGCAGGAUACCAGCGCUCACCUGGAGCGCAUGAAGAAGAACAUGGAGCAGACCAUCAAAGAUCUGCAGCACCGUCUGGAUGAAGCUGAACAGAUCGCCAUGAAGGGAGGCAAGAAGCAGGUCCAGAAGCUCGAGGSCAGGGUCAGGGAGCUUGAAAAUGAGGUGGAAAGUGAACAGAAAAAGUCCAGUGAUGCAAUAAAAGGAGUGAGAAAGUACGAGAGACGCAUCAAGGAACUUACCUAUCAGACUGAAGARGACCGUAAAAAUCUGGCACGUCUCCAAGACUUGGUGGACAAGCUUCAGCUCAAAGUGAAAUCCUAUAAGAAGUCUUCAGAAGUAGCUGAGGAGCAGGCCAACAGCAACCUCACCAAGUUCCGCAAGCUUCAACAUGAGUUGGACGAGGCUGAAGAGAGAGCCGAUAUCGCAGAGUCUCAAGUCAACAAGUUACGAGCCAAGAGUCGUGAUGUUGGGUCAAAGAAAGGACAUGAUGAAGAAUAAGGUUUCUCCAGACAAUAAAGURUCCGAGACACCUGUUGCUAAUAUAAUGGUGCCUCCCUAAGCAUGCUGUCGUGUUGAGUAGAAUAAAUCAAACGUGCAUCUAAAACAGCCUCUUGACUUGUUAUUGCCUACAGUUUUGAUGGUUUACAGAAGAAAAUAAUUKAAUUCAAGAAAUUUGUGAGCAUAAUACAAUAAACCAGAUUGACUGGAUAAACUAAAUAUAGAACAUUAUYGUACCAUUAGAAUAUUGAAUAGAA